CUCAGCUGGAGGAGAUGCUGCUGCUGCUGCUGCUGCUGCUGCUGCUGCUGCCGGCUGGAACCCAGGAGCAGAGUGGAGACCAACAGGCCGACAUGGAGCCCAGAAUCAGCUGCAGCUCCCACAUCUCCACCUCAGGAUGCAGUCUGACCUGUGAGCUGCUGGGAGGCGGCAGCGAUGAUGAAGAUGCUGAGGAGGAUGAAGAUGGCAUCGAGAAGAUGAGCCUGUGCUACACCAACUGGUCGGACCAGGACCACCUCAGGUGUCUGGAGGAACCCGGAGACACCAUCAGCUCUGAAGACCUGAAGCCUCUGAUGAAGCUGAAGCUGACUGUCCACCUGAGGAGAGGGGGCAACCUCUCCACCACAGUCCACCUGACGGAGAUAGUUAAACCAAGGAGUCCUCAGGUGUGGAACGUCACCUUCGACCAGGACCUGAACCAGGCUGUGAUCCACUUCCAGACUCCUGACAACAAAGACUACCUGAGAGUGGACAACCAGGUGUUCCAGCUGCACAUCUGCACGGCGGGCAGCACCACGAUUCAAAACGUCUCAUCGAAGGACUUCCUGCUGAUCGACAUGGACCACCUCAAAAAGCACACCGAGUACCACGUCAAAGUGCGAGCGAUCCCUCAGAGGUUCAAGGGCAGCUGGAGCGAGUGGAGCGAGACCUUCAGCUUCUUCACUCCUGCUGAGAAGAAGCUCCCAGACCAGACCUACAUCCUGAUCGUGUGUCUCGUCUCGGUGCUGGUGAUGACUUCCAGCGGCAUCAUCUGCUGGAAAAACAAAAUAUUCGCCUACAUGUGGCCGAGCAUCCCGCAUCCCAAACAGACUCUGGUCCAGAUCUGCAAACCAAACAAGGGUCUCCUACUGAACUUCAAACCCGAGGUGUUCAGCGCUCUCAAGGUCUACCCGCUGGAGAAACCUGCCUGUGAGGAGAUGGAGCCUUCCAUCAGUCCUUGUACUGCUGAUGGUGUUCAGUCCAGUAACCCCAGCUCCAGCCAGAGCUCCUCCCAGAGCUCCACCCAGAGCUCCACCCAGAGCUCCACCCAGAGCUCCUCCCAGAGCUCCACCCAGAGCUCCUCCCAGAGGUCCAGCCAGAGCUCCUCCCAGAGCUCCUCCCAGAGCUCCACCCAGAGCUCCUCCCAGAGCUCCUCCCAGAGGUCCAGCCAGAGCUCCUCCCAGAGCUCCUCCCAGAGCUCCACCCAGAGCUCCUCCCAGAGCUCCUCCCAGAGCUCCACCCAGAGCUCCACCCAGAGCUCCUCCCAGAGGUCCAGCCAGAGCUCCACCCAGAGCUCCUCCCAGAGCUCCACCCAGAGCUCCACCCAGAGCUCCACCCAGAGCUCUGGCUGCAGGAGCACCACCAGCGUCAUCACCGAGGAGCUGGAGCUGACCGCCCUUCUGAGCUCGUCCUCAGGGGAGGACAGCCUCCAGGGCUCCAGUCCGUCCCACGUCCCCCAGCCGAUGGAGACACCAGGUUCUCCUGACCGGAUCAGCGCAGGGCAUGAGGUGGAGGUGUUCGGAGUGAGUCAGCAGGAGGAGGCCUACGUCACCAUGUCCAGCUUCUACCAGAUCAAGUAGUUGAAGCAGAGCAGCAGAAGGGCUGGAUCCAACCAAAGGACCUCCUGGUGCUGUAGCUGCUGGGUGGUCCAGGCUGGAGCCUCCUGGCUCAGAGCAUCAGUUUGCUGACAGAAGAUCUGCUGUCUCUGCUUGGAGCUACAUUUAGGCCAGAGCCACUCAUUCCAUGUUUCAGCCUCUAAUCCUGAAUGCUGUUCUCCAUCUAGACCUCAGAACUGCUCCUGAACCAACCAAUCACAAACUGCUCUUUAGAACGUUCCACUAAACAAUUAAACAACCGACGAUGUCUGACUCCCAGCCAGUAGACCUGCUGGAGUUCCUCCAUCAGACAUUCUGCUGAUGGAGAACUUCUUCCCCCCAGAGACCGAUGAGAACAGAUCCAUCAGAACAGAUUCAUCAUCAUUUUAUUUUGUCCAGUUUUUUGAAGUGCUGAAGGAACCUUGAAAGAUCAAACCCAGAACCUGAUGCGUCCAUCUAUCACCUCAAACGAUCCAACCUCUAGAACCGUUUCUGCAUGAUCAUCUUUAAAUUUAACCGACAGCUUUUGGCAUGCAGUAAAGAUAUUUAUGCUGAUAUUUGUUGGACUUUAGGUUGAUAUAUCAAAUACUUUCAACAGUUCUUCGCACGUUUUUGCUCUUUGAAACUCCAGAACUCUUCUUGGAUCAGACUGACGUCACUGCUCAGCUAAAGUUCAACAAAAAUCAUUUGAUUUCCGUUUCUGUGAUCCAGUACUUCAUAUUAAAGUAUUCUACAGGUUUACUGUAGUACUACUGUGAACCUGCUGGUGGACAGGCAGCUUUUCAUAAAUCCGUUCAGAGUAUUUGAUGUUUAACAGAUUUUUAUUUAAUCCUCCUGUUGUCCUGCGGGUCAAAUUGACCCGUUUUAAAGUUUGAAAAUGUGGAAAAAAAUAUUUUCACAGUCAAACUUCUGAUGUCCACAUUUUCAACAUUUUGGGGAAAUUUUUGAACAUUUUUUGGUGCAAAAAAAGAAAUGCUAAAAAAAAUGUUACUUUAAGAACAUUCACAAAAAAUCAA